AUGGCCGCAGUCAUAAGUGCUACAUGUUCAUGGUGGAGUACAUGGAGAGCAGUUGGGGGUUGGUUGAAUGAUGCUCUGUCGCACAAUAAUCUUCACACUCUACAAGAAACUAUAAACUGGACUUUGGCUUCCAGCGACCCGGCAGUUAUUGCUUUGGGAAUAUUGUGCUUUUCCAUCUGCCUUCAGCAACUGGAUCCUCAUAAAGAUGAGACUAUCAUAAGCCAGCUCUCUGUCUCUCCUGGGAAACUGUUUCAAGAGUAUUUCGAUCGAAUCACUCGUUUGGUUAUCAACCAUGAUGGCUAUGCCAGUACCGAGCCUGGGGUCGAGCUGAUCAUGCUUGCUGCUAAGACAUAUAUGAACCUCGGCCUUUUGAAGAACGUGUGGAUUUUACACCAUCGAGCUGUCGCUCACGCACAGCUUCUUGGAAUGCAUCGCCCGCAACGGUCAACAUCAGCCGAAACGGACACCCGUUUGGAAAGUCGACACGAAGCUUGGUUCACGAUCUGUGAGCGAGAUCUGUACACAAGUUUGCUACUUGGCCUCCCAUAUGCGGCGAACUGGCAAUCCAUUAUACCCAGCCUCCGCAGUGCACCUGGUACAUUAAAGUUCUUUCAAUACCAGAUGAUACGACUGUCUGCGCGGAUCUCAUACCGAAAUACCAUGGGGUUGGAAACUUCUCUUUCCGAUGCUCGAAAUAUCGAGUGUGAUAUGGAUUCAUCUGCACAUGAAAUGCCUGUGGAAUUCUGGGACGUGUCUGCUGCUCUCCAGACAGGUAACAUCGAUGAAGAGACGUAUAUGAGCCACCUGGCCGUGCAGUUCUGGUAUUACCAAGCCAAAGUGCUACUUCACCAGCCUCUCAUGAUCCAGUCAAUCGAAGAUCACGAACUGCUGUAUUAUCGGGACGCAUGCUUGGCAGCCUGUAGAGAUACACUGAAAAUAUACCACGUGAUGAGAUCGGAUUCAAUGUCAGCGUUUAGCAUGGUCAAACUGAUUGACUAUCAAGCGUUCAUCUGCUCGUCGAUCUUACUUCUCGGCCUACUUGGAUACGAAAAUAGCCAUUCACCACCAGCCUCUCUCAAUCUUGAGACUUCGAACGACUAUCUGAUUGUGGGUUUGACAAUAGGAAUACUCCGAAAAGCUUCUCUAGUUUCGAACAACCCAAUGGCUUCGCAAGCUGUACAAGGACUGGACACCCUGGCAAUGCUAGUUCGCUAUUCGACGACCCGAGAAAAGGGUGCUAUAUGCACUGCUCCAAGCGAGAAUUCAAUCCCAUACUUGAAGGUCUCAGUUCCAGGCUCUGGAGUUAUCACGAUAUCGCCUGGCAAACUUAUGGCUAGGAACGACUGCUCGUCCUCAGAUUCAGCUGAUAAUUUCCCCCAUCCUACAUUUUCUCUAUCACAUCCCACUAGCCAGGAACCAGGCUACCAGGGAGAACCCGCGCCAGAGCUACAGCCGGAUUUGACUUUCAAUACAGCGCUAAACCCCGACAUACCGAUGAUGGAUAUGGACUGGACUAAUAUGUUUGGCUCUGAGCUGGAUGAUGACUGGGCAUGGUUGGCUGAUGUCAAUGCCGCCGGCAUGGUGUGA